AUGUUUUGGACGCACAAGUUCGUUUCUGAUAGGUACACGCGUCUUCCAUCUUUGCCGAUGCUGCGACAUGACUCUAACCAAAGCGCUGCAGGCUCAUCGUCUUUUGUUUGUAGUGGUGACGGUGUGAGGCUGGUGGCACCCCUGCGCUUUGAACGCUUUUCGCGCAAGCCCAGAGGCUCUCCACAAGCACGCCAUCACUAUGGCGUCGCCUCGCUGCGUCUGGAACCCGACGGGGUUCCUUCCAGAGUUGCAACCGCGCGUCUGAAGGCUAGCAGCACACACAAGGAGUCAAACUUGCCUUCCAGUCGACAAGAGCUUGUGCCGAAAAGCUCUGACGAUCCGGCGGCUGCCUCUGCACUGAGGAACGAUGCACAAGCCACCUCACCUGAGACGGAUACGGAACCUUCCAGUGAUGCUGGUCUCUCCGAAAAUCGGACUGCCUCUGACGGUGUUACUGAGGACUUGUCGAUUCGAGGCGAGGCUGUUACAAGCGCAGAAACUGGCCUUCGUGAUGAAACGAGCCCUGCAGCUGCCGAGCGCUCCGCAGCAACCUCUGGAGUUUACCGAAAAAGCUCUUUACCGCUGGUUGCUGUCAUUGGACGCCCAAACGUAGGCAAGUCUAUGCUCGUGAACCGCAUCAGCGGUACCUUUCGCACUGGUGCUGUCGUAGAGGAUACACCGGGUGUUACCCGAGACCGCACGUACCAGUUAGCGAACUGGAGCGGAAGACACUUUCGUGUCGUCGAUACCGGCGGUCUCGUUUUCGAAGACACUCCUGGAGACGUUUUUAUUCCGCAAAUUCGCCAGCAAGCGCUCAUAGCUCUACGUGAGGCGGAUGUUGUCGUUCUUGUCGUCGACGGCCAGCAGGGCGUUACCACCCUCGACCAGGAUAUCGCUGUUUUCCUUCGCAAGACUUGCGAUGCGCGGGGCAUCCUUGGUCGACGUAUUCCAAUCGUUGUUGCGGUCAAUAAGUGUGAGAGCCAAACGAUGGGCGAGGCCCAAGCUGCUGAGUUUUGGGAGCUGGGACUGGGCCAGCCGCUGGCUAUCAGCAGUAUUCACGGCAGCGGUGUCGCAGAAUUGCUCGAUGAAGUCUGUUACUAUUUACCCAAUCAUGGCGAUGAUCAGGAGGAGGCGCUAUUGUCACAAGAGUCUGGUAUGCGGCGUGUCGCCAUCAUUGGUCGACCAAACGUCGGGAAAUCGAGUCUGCUCAACGCGCUCCUCGGGGAAGAGCGGGUCAUUGUGAGCGCCGUACCCGGCACCACGCGAGACGCGAUCGAUGAGCUCCUCAUCCAACGCGACCCUCGCACCGGAAGAGAGACCUGCUACCUGCUCAUCGAUACGGCAGGCAUUCGACGGAAGAAGAACGUGGAGUACGGCACGGAGUUUUUUAUGAUCAAUCGAGCAUUCAAAGCGAUUCGUCGUGCAGACGUGGUUCUUUUGGUCCUUGAUAUGGAAGAGGGUAUCACGGAUCAGGACGCGGAGCUGGCGGAGCGUAUCGUAGACGAGGGCAAGGCCUGCGUCAUCGUUGGGAACAAGUGGGACGCUCUCGGUCGCAAGGAUAAUCGUCUCCAUAACGAGGCACAACUGCGGGUGCGGGAGCGAUUGCCAGUGAUCCACUGGGCGGAUAUGAUUUUCGUGAGCGCAAAGACCGGACAACGUAUUCCACGUAUCUUGGCUCUGGUGGACGCUGCAGCGGCACAGCACGCGCGACGCGUGUCAACGGCGGUGCUCAACGAGGUUCUCUUGGAAGCGGUGCAAUGGCAAGCACCGCCGACGAAUCGUCGAGGCCAGGGUGGCAAAAUAUACUACUGCACACAGGUUGCGGUGCAGCCACCGACCCUGGCCCUCUUUGUGAACGAUCCUGAACUCUUCCCGGACACUUACAAGCGAUAUCUAGAGCGCAAGUUCCGUGAAGCGCUUGGAUUUACCGGUACACCGAUUCGACUGCUGUGGCGAGCGCGGAAGCGCCGUUCCAAGGCGGCAUCCUCGCGAGCGACGCGUAAAUGA